AUGAGUAUAGAAGAGGAAGAAGAAAAAUUUUUGGAAGAAUUAGGAAAUAGAUCUUAGGUUUUAUUGUAAAAUCUAGAUGAAAGAGAAGCAGCUAAAAUAUAAGACUAAAUAGAUGAAGCUAUAGAGAAUAGAUAAGAAAUAGUUUAGUCAUACUGCCUUCGCUCCAAAAAAUAUUUAGAUUUAGGGUCAUGCAAUAUUGACGAUUUUGACUCUUUAACAAUAGGCAUAUAUCUUAACGAAUUACAUUCAAACAUAGAGGUGAUAAAUUUAGCUUCAAAUUAAUUAACAGAUGAAGGAUUAUUAAAUAUGCUAAUUGGAAUUCAAUUUCAUUCUAAUUUAAGGGAACUUUAUUUGGGAAAUAAUCAGUUUUAGCUUGGAACUGCUAUUGAAGGUUUAUCAACAGUAAUUCCUUGCUUGAAGAAUUUGAGAAUUUUAGGUUUAGGAGGACUUAAUAUAGAUGAUGAAGAUUUAGUUAAGCUCUUAUAUGGAUUAAGUGAGAUUGAUACUUUAAAAAAUUUGCAAUUGCAUAAAAACUAAAUAAGUGAUGAAGGACUAUUGUGUAUAAUAUCUAUGAUGCUUUUAGGUUUUGGAAAUCAAAUAGAAACACUUUAUUUAGGAUAAAAUGAAUAAAUUACAGAAGAUGGUAUAGUAAAGCUGUUCGAAUGUUUAUCACAAAAUUAAACUUUAAAAUGUCUACAUUUGAAUGACAUUAUAAUGACUGAUAAAUCACUAUAAGCAAUUAAUAUCAGUUUGAUAACUAAUCAAAACUUAGAAGAAUUAAAUUUAGGUAAUUGUGGUAUUGAUGAUGAGGGCUUUAAAUUCCUUCAUGAUUGUUUAAAAAAUAAUACAAAGUUAUAGUAUUUGCAUCUAUGGAACAAUUAUUUAACAUAUGAAUCAGCAUAAAUGAUUGAGGAGAUAUUAGAAAAUUAUAACAGUGUUUUAAAAGGAAUAACACUCUACAAUAAUGAUAUUAUCAACAGAGAACUCAUUUCAAAUAUAGAAGCCUUAAUUCAACAAAAUAUUUACUUUGAGCGUACAGUAAAUAAUGAGGAAGAAAUUGAAAAGUAAAUAUAAGAAAUGAAAAAAAAUUAUGCAAAACAAAAAAAAGAUUUGAAGUAAUAAGAGAAGGAAGCACUUCUUUAAGGAAAAAUUAAAGGUUAAAAAAAUAUUCCUAUACCUCAAAAUCCUACAAAAAGUGUUUCUAAUAAAUCAAAUCUAUCUUAAAAUUCUACAUAAUUGAAUUCCUCUACAUCAUCUAAAUUAAGUGUACCUGCAACCCCUACUAAAACUACAGCUAAGAGACCUUCAUCAGGUAUUUCUACAACGAAGCCUUUAGCAAGUUAGGUAUCCUAAGUUUCUAAUUCUUCAUCUCGUACAUCUAUUUAAGCAAAAUCAUAAAUAUCUUCAUCUUAAUCUAAUCAGAAAAAUGCUUUAGCCCCUUCAAGUAAAAAUGAAAAUAAAAAUGCUCCCACCACUCUUAAAAGUAAAUUACCUCCAAAAAGUUUAGGUAAAGAAGCUCCAACUAAUAAAGCCUCGUAACAAAAACCAACUUAGAAAAAAAAUGUAAAUUUAUAAGCUAGCUUUAAAGGAGAAGAAGAAGAUGAUGAUGAUGAUCUAGAGUACAUAUCUCUUUCUGAAAGUAUAAAUGGUAGCAUAGUAAAGAGAGAAGUUAGUGGAGAUUAAUAUUCAGAAGAUAUUGAAAAUAAUGAGAAUAUUUAGAAAUCAAAAAUGGUAGAAGAUUAAAAUAAAAAUUAACUUCUAAGCAACAAUAAUAAAACAAAAAGCUGUUCUUUACCCUAGAAACCUAACCAAUAAGAAGAAGAUAUAGAUUUCGAAGAAGAAUGGCUUGAAGAUGACGAAGAAGAUGAGAAAGAAUUAUAAUUACUUGAAAAGCAAUUAGAACAGGACGAGGAAAUUAUUUCAAAAGAAAGAAACACGAGAUUAGAGUAUAUUGAUGAGUUUUACAAUGAAGAAGAGUAAAAAAAAGAAUACAAAAAGUAUGAAAAAUAUAAUAAAGAUAUUUUAUAGUAUGAUCCUCAAGAUCCAAAUACUCUUAAAUGGCAAGGAUUCUUUGAGGAUAAAUAAACUGGUUUACUUAAAAGUAAAUACCAAUGA